AGAGAGGAGAGAAGACACAAUGGCUAGCACAGCUGAUGGUGUAGGCAGUCUGGGUGAGAACCACUUGAGUGUCCCUGUCAGUGAUCAUGGAGCCUGGGCCACGGCCAUGAACAACCUGGGAAUCAUGCCCAUGGGCAUCAGUGGGCAGCAGUUGGUUUCAGAAUCUCUGUGUCUCCAGAGGUUCGAUCCUGGGCUAGGCCUCAUCACACCCAUAAACCCCAUGAUGGCGGGCAUCAGCCUGGUCCCUCCCCCACCCGUAACCCCAGAAAUGCCUGUCAUCAAGGAGAUAAUCCACUGCAAGAGCUGCACCCUCUUUCCUCAGAAUCCAAACCUGCCCCCUCCAUCGACACGAGAGCGCCCCCCUGGCUGUAAGACCGUGUUUGUUGGAGGCUUGCCAGAGAACGCCACAGAGGAAAUCAUCAGGGAAGUGUUCGACCAGUGCGGGGAGAUCACCGCCAUCCGCAAGAGCAAGAAGAACUUCUGCCACAUCCGCUUCAGUGAGGAGUUCAUGGUGGACAAGGCUAUUUAUCUAUCAGGGUAUCGAAUGCGUAUUGGAUCCAGCACCGAUAAAAAGGACUCAGGGAGGAUCCAUGUUGACUUUGCCCAGGCCAGAGAUGACUUGUAUGAAUGGGAGUGCAAACAGCGCUUACUGGCCAGAGAAGAAAGACAUCGCCGCAAGAUCCAUGAAGAUCGCCUGCGCCCACUGUCUCCUCCUCCUGUUGUGCACUACUCUGAACAUGAAGCGGUUAUGUUAGCAGAGAGACUGAAAGACGACCACAAGUUCAGUGAGGCCACGGCAGUGCUGUUCACCUGGAUCGACCGGGGCGAAGUCAACCGCCGGACCGCCAAUCACUUCUACUCCAUGAUCCAGUCAGCCAACAGCCACGUUCGCCGGCUGAUGAGUGAGAAAGCUCAGCAUGAGGAGGAGAUGGAGCGGGCUAAAGAGAUCUUCAAGAACGCCCUGCUGGCCAUAUUAACACAAUUCGAGCAGAUCAACACCGUUUUCACCGCCGCCACCAGGCAAAAGGCAUGGGACCAUUUCUCAAAAGCACAACGCAAGAACAUAGACAUUUGGCGCAAGCAGUGUGAGGAGCUGAGAAACGCCCAUAGCGAAGAGAUCAUGGGCAUCCGACGAGAAGAGGAAAUGGAGAUGUCAGAUGACGAUUUGGGUGAAAAUCCCUGUAAGAAGAUGCGUACUGAGGAAAACGGAGUGUGUGAUCAGACUCAGGUGUCUCUGAAAGAGGAGAAUGACUCCCUGCGUUGGCAGCUGGACGCCUACAGGAACGAGGUGGAGCUUCUGAGGAAGGAGCAGAGCAAAGCCAGCCGCCCAGAGGAUGAUCAGACACACAUACUGACAAACUCACACACACAUUCACACAGUCCAGAGGCUCAGAUACAGCUGCUACAGCAGACCAUGCACAACAUGCAGCAGCAACUCCUGAGCCUGCAGGAGCAGCUGACAAGUAAGGAGGCUGAGUUGGAGCAGGCAAGAGAGGGGCAUCGCAACCUGCAGGGGGAGGUGCUCACCCUUCGAGAUAAGGUGCUGAAAAAUAAUGGGGAGGCUGUGGAGAGGACCAAUGGAGAGCUACAUGAAAGGGUGGUCAAUGGGUGUAUUCCUUCGCUGUACCACAGCAGAGAGAGGAGGAGUGAGGUCAUAAUGAGAGGAGGGGUCGCGUCAGAAAAAGAGGCGCUACUUCUGGGUAUUAUAUCAACAUUCCUUCACGUCCAUCCUUUUGGUGCCAACCUUGAGUAUCUGUGGUCGUACAUACAGAGACUCGACGCAAAGGUAUCAGCGGGGGAGCUGGAGCGUCUGAUGGUCCGUCUACCCAGUAUGUUCAGGCAGGAGCUGAGUGGUGUUGGUGCAACACUGGAGAAACGGUGGAAAUUCUGUGGAUUCGACAGCCUCAGUUCCGCGUGACACAGGGAGAACGCACACACACCUUGGGGAAACACAUUAACAUGAACUUUUAAUCUAUGUGUGUGUGCGCUUCCUUCCAUCCAAUAUCGUGUUGGAAAUGGAAGUAUGUUCCAAUCAUGUUGGAAAUAUAGCAGUGCAUCAGAUGAUGAUACUCUCUAAAGCAGACACUGGAAACUGUUGAGGAGGCGGAUGUUCAGGCAUCGGAAAGGAGGAAAUCCCAAAUCAAAAGUCACUUCCUGAUAUUGGAUUGAGGUGAUAUAACUGAGAAUUGCUGAUUACAGAUAUUUAUCACAAUGAGGGGGACAGCAACAGGACCCAACACUUCACAGGCAGAAUACAUCAGACCAGAUCACACUUCACUUUGUUCAUGUUGAGGGGAUCUCCAAACCUGAGUCUCUUUGCUUUGAACUGAAUCAUGGUCCUUGGUUAUCUUGUCGGUGCAGCACCCCAAAUCAACAGAAAGAACAAGUAAAAGUUAAACCAAACUUGCUCCUUGGUGCCAUUUACGCAAUGGGUUACAAAGCAAAAUUUCAAGCCAAACAAUACAUUUAUCGACAAAAUGGGAACAUUCAUUUCCUUCUAUGUACAGAAAGUAGGUGGUCAAGGUUUGUGCAGUGCACACAUCCUCACAUCCUCCCUCCUCAUGAUACUCUGAGCAUUGGUUUGGAAAUGUAUUUAAAAACCUCCAUCCCAGUGGUGAAACAAACCAACUAAAGCAGCAACAACUCAAAACUUUUUAUAGGAACUUUUAAUACUGUGUCAUCUGAUAAAAUGAAGACUCCUGGUUGCUGAGAAAAAACAUUAAAACAUAUCUGAUACCUUCACAUAAAAAAUAACAAAUCAAUCACAAGUAUGCAUAGGGCUCUAUUUUCAUGCCUGUGCUUGCGCUGGUGACAUUGCAUUUUUCCUCUCCUGAGAUAGUGUGGUAUUAUGCUAGCUCCAUGCAUCGCAGUAGGAGGGCUGUAGAGGGUGUGUCAUUGCCAGUCCAGCAGAAUCAGGACUGCUCUUUUAACUUUGGUUGUUAAAUGUUAUAGUGGUGUGUCCCAAAACCAACUAAUUUGUGGACUGUAAACAGGAUCAUUACAGAAUAAUUGCUAGCAAAGUAAAUGAUUAAAUAGGCAACAGGUCCAUUCUCAGCUAAUCAGUAAUUAUUGUUGUAUGCAAACAAUCAAAUGUAAUUGAAUGAAACCUUUUUUUCAAAAAGUAAUACACAAAAUAGGAAAUAGGCUACAACGUACCCAACACUUUGACCCAAUUUUUAAUUUUACUUGUAUUUUAUUUAUUGCAUUACUUUAGUAUUUAAAGUUAUAAUCCUGCAGAUUUUCAUUAACCCCAUUUUGAAAGUAUUUAUGCCAGCAAUAGCAAUUAAAUGUAUUAACAUUCUGUCAUUACCUCUCUAUAUAGUAGUUUUCAUUAUGAGUGGUGUAGUCUGUCAUUCCCUUACGGGAUUCAAAUGGCCUUCACACACAAGGGAUUAACGGGAACUGAUGCAGCACAAUGCCAAAUAAAACCGCACACAUUAUAUACACUUUAUGCAAAGAAAACAUGGUGACUGCCAGACCUUCAGCAUGUCCAGAAACAUGAAUUCAACUUUAAAAGUGCUAUUGGCAGCAUAACUGAGCUGCUGUAUUCAUACUUUCAACUACAUCCCAGACAAUAAUAACUCAUUCUAAUAAUAGAUAACAGCUUCCCAAGCUGUCUGCACAUCAUGAUGGAGAGAGCUUUGUGUUUGUAGGGGAUGAAGGUAAUGAAUGUGAUUGGUCAUUGUUGUCACAGCCUGUUACACACCCACUUAUUAUGUAGAGUAUUUUUUUUUAUUUAUCCUGAAAACCAUUUCUAAUUGGAGAUAGUUUUGGAGUUGCUGUGUAAACACAAUGGGUUAAACAUGAGACUCUUUUUAGUUCUGGACUUGAUGUGUAACAGCUCUAAUGGAGGAAACCUCUCCAAGGUUUGAAUUAUCCUGACUAGCUAGGUGUGAGAAUACCCCAGGCCCGCUGUCUCAUUUGCUUCCUGCUCAGGCCUCCUUCAGAGAUCAUGGACAUAAGGGUGAAAAAGGACAAUAUUUGAGAAAUAUAAGGAUGAUGGAAUUAAGAGAGAGAAAAGAGAGAAUAGGCAUUUUGUAAAUUAUGACACAAAGAAGAGUAGUAAUUUCAAUCAUUCCACUUAAUUUAUUUCAUUAUACUGUAUGAAGAAGCUGUUCACUGAUGGCAGCAGACUGGAAUGUCUUACAUACUGUCUUUAAGUAUGAUGAAAUGAAAAAAAGUUGUUUUUUUUAAAUAUACUUCUCAGUGUUUAUAACAAUGUUUUUUUCCUGUUGAAUGGAGAUGCAGAAGCUUAGAGUGCAGACGAAGAGAGAGGUGAGCUGUGUGACAGAGUGAGGCUGGAGAAACAGAAAAUGGGAAUGGGGGAUGAAAAGGAGGAGAUGCCACAGAUUGUCCUGUUUUGUUGGUAUCAGCUUAAUGUUCUCAUUUUUGUGUUUCCAAAGACCACAAUGCUGUACAUGUAUAAUUAAAAAUGAUAAUUAUGUAAUUUUGUAUUACUCUUCCAAA